AUGGAUGUGGCUAAUGUUACAUUUUUAACACUAGCUGGACACAUUAAUUUACAGAGCUACAGAUAUGUUUAUUUUAUGAUUACUCUUACUGUGUACAUAUUUAUAAUUUUAUUCAAUAGUGUUGUAAUUUCCAUAAUAUUCAUGAACAAACGUCUCCAUGAGCCGAUGUAUAUUUUCAUUGCUGCGUUGCUUUGUAAUGCUCUCUUUGGAGCAACUGCUCUUUAUCCUAAACUGCUGACUGAUUUACUGUCUGAAAAGCAAAUAACUUCUUACCAUGGAUGUUUAUUUCAGGCUUUUUUUGUUUAUUGGUAUGCUGGUGCUGAGUUCACACUGUUAUCAGCUAUGGCCUAUGACAGAUAUGUGUCCAUCUGUAAACCAUUACAUUAUGCAACUCUUGUAAAAAUGUCAACUGUGAAAAUACUUAUUUUUUUAUCAUGGUGUUUGCCUUGCUGUGAACUUAGUGUAGGAUUAAUAACAACAUAUCAACUUCAGCUGUGUAAAUUUAAACUGAACAGAAUAUAUUGUGAUAAUUACUCCAUUCUUAAAUUAAGUUGUAAAGAAACAUCUGCAAACAGCUACUAUGGACUUUUUGUUUUCAGCAUUGCUGUGUUUCCUCCACUGACCUUCAUAUUCUUCUCAUAUAUCAGGAUUCUCUCUGUGUGUUUAAAGAAUUCUAAAGAUUUCAGAAGAAAAGCUCUACAGACCUGUUUACCACAUCUUUUCAUUUUCAUAAAUUUUUCUGUUAACAUGUGCUUUGAAAUUGUAAAUAACCGACUAGAGUCCAACCAAAUUCCCCACCUUAUUAUCAUGAUCAUGUCAGUUGAAUAUUUACUUAUUCCUCCUGUGUUUAACCCCAUAAUUUAUGGAUUAAAACUGCAGGAGAUUUGGAAAAGUAUCAAAAGAUUGAUUUAA